AUGCGCAGUUCUGACCCAAACAUGGCGACGGAGAGCUGCGAAAAGUGCUGAAUUCUGUCUACAUUUCGACAAAAUCGCGAAGAUCGACCGCUCGGAUCUCUGCGGGACGUUCAUACAGCAGCUGAUGCUAAACAUGGUCCGAACGGCACUGAAAGAUCACAAAGACAGUAAGAAGGAUAAAGCUGGCCGGAGCAUGUCUCUCACAGGUCCUGGACCAGUCAAAGUGAUGGAGUCGUUCUCAUGGGAGGAGUAUUUAAAAGAGACCUCGUCCGUUCCCGCUCCUCCCAGCUGCUUCAGACAGUCGCGGAUUCCUCCCUCCAACGACUUCAAGGUGGGAAUGAAGCUGGAGGCCCGGGACCCUCGUAACUCCACCUCCACCUGCAUCGCCACGGUGAUGGGCUUGAUGGGCGCGAGGCUCCGCCUCCGUCUAGAUGGCAGCGACAGCACCAACGACUUCUGGCGAUUGGUCGACUCCGCCGACAUCCAGCCAAUCGGAACCUGCGAGAAGAACGGAGACAUGCUGCAGCCGCCGCUGGGAUUCAGGAUGAACGCCUCGUCGUGGCCCAUGUUUCUCCUGAGGACCCUUAAUGGAGCAGAAAUAGCACCUGCCACGGCGUUUAAAAAGGAGCCGCUGCGGCCGCCUCAGAACGGCUUCAAGCCCGGCAUGAAACUGGAGGCCGUGGACAAGAAGAACCCGUACCUGAUCUGUCCGGCCACCAUCGGCAAGGUGAAGGGGGAGGAGGUGUUCGUGAUGUUUGACGGCUGGAGGGGGGCGUUUGAUUACUGGUGCCACUAUGACUCCAGGGACAUCUUCCCCGUGGGAUGGUGCUCCGUCACCAAACACAGCCAACAGCAGCCAGUAAACACCAUCAAACAACCGCUACACAAAUCACUCAGUGUCACCGUUCCAAAACCGGGUCCUAUACCUUCCUCCUCCUCAUCCUCUAACCCUAAACCGCCCCGGCGCACAAUGCCGUCUCCUUACCGCCUGCCGACUCCUCUUCCUCAACUCCCUGUGCGGAAGGGCAUAAGGGGACGGCGUCCAAAAAGCGAGACCAUCGCGCUGCUGAAAGCCCUGGCCGCUUCUACUGAAGCCCAGGACAUAGAAGAUCAAGAAGAAGCCACGCCCCAAACCACACCCUUUUCCCAGCAUCCCCUGCGUCCAUACAAGAAGAGGGGACCUAAACCGGGCAGCAAGAGGAAGCCCAGACUCCUCCAGAGUGCCAUGUCUAUAGCAACCAGCUCAGACUCCAGGGUGCCCAUGACUCAGAUGCCCAGCGAUGGUCUCCCUCCUCUGGGAUCCCCCUCAUCUGUGGUGUCUACUGUGUGUGUAUAUGUGAACAAACAUGGGAACUGUGGCCCACAUCUGGACCGUAAGCAGGUUCAGAGACUGCCGGAUCACUUCGGGCCGGAGGCGGUGAAUCUGGUUCUGCAGCAGACGGUUCAGGCCUGUCUGGACUGUGCGUACCAGCCCAAAGUGCUUCUGGGAUGCCUGCAGAGCCAAGGCGGUGGAGGAGAGGUGGUCAGAGUCCGAACAGAUGGCGGGAAGCGGUUGGUGAAGCUGCCAUCGGCGUCGAGCGCCGGGUUUGUGUUGCGCUUUCUGGAGCGAGUGUGUCGACACCUGCAGUGUGAUAAUCUGUUCAGCAGUCAACCGUUCAGUCCACACAACACCUAUGACCGCGCUAAAUCAGUUAAAGAGGAGAUGUUGUCAGACGGUCCGUCUCUGAGCAGAGGUGUGAAGCGGAUCUCCAGAGACUCUCCGCCGUACUGCGCUCCUCUCUCCCCGAAGCUCCUGCACACAGACACACACCCAUCAGAAGCGGAGACUCUUCCUCCAGAGCAGAAUGGAUUACUGAAGGAGCAGCGCUUCAUGGACUCCGCCUCUAAUUCCAUGACGCCCCGCCCACAGACCUUGAGAAGCACCUCAGAGUACCAAUCACCACCCAGCAGCCCGUAUUACCAUGGCAACGGCCCGCCUCUACGCAGACAGACCUCCAACCCCCUCACACAGACACACAGACGAGUGGAGGCCGCCAGCUCUACCACGGGUCCCGAGACGGCGGCAGCGGCGGCAGACCUUCCCAGAAUCCCCGGCAGGAGCCCGUCUUCCUGGUCCAUAGAGGAAGUGAUGCAGUUUGUGCGGGACGCAGACCCAACAGCGCUGGCUCCACACGCAGAGCUCUUCAGAAAACACGAGAUCGACGGUAAAGCUCUGAUGUUACUGAGGAGCGACAUGGUGAUGAAGUACAUGGGUCUGAAACUCGGGCCGGCGCUCAAACUCUGCCACCACAUCGAGAGACUCAAGCAGGGCAAGCAGUGAAGCACACGGACAGAACACGCUGCUCCAGACGGGGCUGAUGGGAAACCGCCGUGUGCUGCUCUCCAUAAACACACACACCUGGACGUUCAUCUGCAGCCAGAGCACACUGUGAGGGACAUUAGUGCCGCUCUCUGGGAACGACCAGCGAACGGGAGCCAAGGUGUGUUUGGAUGGGUCUUACCUCCUGCCAUCUCGUCUCCCCAAAGAUGCAGACGCUUUACGGGCCGAUUAGCUCACCGAUAGUGCUGGUUUUUGAGUCUGAUGUUGGCUAUUUAUCGCUCUACCUCCCUGUGACGUCAUACUAGCCCACAGGUGUUUCUGGAAUCACUUAAAGCCACUGAAAACCUGCUUUUAGUUGCGUCUCAUUGGUGUAUUUAGUUCAAACAAAACACAUCAUGUUUCAUAAUCUUAACAGAAAAGUUCGUCCAGUCGUCAUUAUUUACAGUCCAAACCCGUACUACUUAGUUGUUUCCGUCGAGCACAAAAAGAGACGUUUUGUAGAAUGUUCACGCUGCUCGUUUACAUGCAGUUCUGCUACACUGGCGAAAUUAUUUUUGCCCAGACAGACCCUUUAAACUGCUUGUUUUUGUUUGGUUAGAGAUUAGAUUUAAGUGUGUUCACAAGUAAAAAAUUAUUUUCAAUGUUUUCACUCCGAACAUCUAUUUCAAAACAUCAAAACAAUAUUAAUAGCAUAUUGUGGACCAGUUUGGAAAUCACAUCAGAACAAUAAAAAUUAGGCCUAAAAUUGGCAUUUAUGUAUUUAAAUUGUAUAUAAAAUGUCCAUCCUUUUGGAGUACACAGUUAUAACAUUAAAAUAAUAAUAAUAGUAAUAAACCUCAUACAAAAUAUAU